AUGCCUCGCGGAAACGACCAAGUCACCAAAGUCUUCUACCACGGCAAAGAUGAUGACUUCGUCAUCUUCGUUGACGACGCCGCCGCUGCCCAGCAAUGGCGCCAUGACCGCACCGUCCCUCUAGCACAAGUCGUUUCUGGCUGGAAGAUUUUUGUCACUCACAAGCAAGGCGCACAAGGCAUCCUCGACGGAGCCAGCCAGGCCAUGCUCGACAACGAAUUCGGCACACAUCGAGAGGAGGAUGUGGUGCAGCAGAUUUUGGAGAAGGGUGACAUCCAGGAAGCUACAAACCGCGAACGCCAGGGUGAUCGCAAUGUCAUGAACGGCGGUAACUUUGUAAACACUUUCCAGGUUUAG